AUGCCCUUCGUUCCUUUCUUCUUCCGGGCCCUGCGAUCCUCGAUUCGCGCUCUCGUGGCCAAAAGGCCCUCGGCCGUUGCAGCUCACCGCGCAAGGAGGCCGCCGCGGGCGCCCCGUCUGUCCACGCGGUGUGCCGAGGAGACGGCCUGCGUGGGCCUCUCGGCGCCAGGCCGCUGCAGCACCGCGCGCAGGUCCUGGGGCUCAGUCCUGAGGCGCGUCCUUUCUUCUCGGCGGCGAGGGAGGGGGGGAGGCCGCCGAUCUUCGCCUCGUCCUCGGGCUCCUGCUCGCCCCGUGCCGGGCGCGGCGCCCAGGCACCUCCUCCGGCAGAGGCGCCGCAAGGCCUCAGUGCACGAGUGCGCGAGCGCGCGGGCGCGCGGCCCGCCGUGCCGAGCGCCGGCGCUGUCCUCCCUGAUGGCAUCGGUGACGCAUCGACGAUGCGGCGCGGUCCUCCGACUCCAUCCAAUCUGA